AUUUGAUCCAUUUCAUAUAUUACUAAUAUUAUUAUUGAAUUUAUGAAUGAAUUAUUAUUUAUGUUGUGUACUACUUGCAUAUACUACUGAUUAUUUAUAAAGUACAUAUAUGAUUAAAUGGUAUAUAAACAUUAAAUGUACAAUAAAAAAAUCAAUUAUGAAAUGAAAUGGAUUUUGUUUUUUUGAUUACAUAAUUGAUCACAUCAUUUAUUGAAUUAACUAUAUAUUACCUUUGGAUAGAUUCAAGAUAUUUUUUAAAAAUAUUGUCAAGGAAGCUCAUUAUAAAGAAACGGUGAAACUGUGUAUCAUAUGAUUAGUUCUCAUGUUUACUUACUGGGCAACUGGAGCUACCUUAGGUGUGUUGGCUAUAUUACUUGUUUUAUUCCUAUUACUUUUGUGUCUUCCAUGGCAUAAGUGUGAUCGAUACUGUUCUUGCUGUCGUUGUUGGCUUUUUAGUUCAAAUGAGAAUAUUCACAGACAGUCAGAUGAUGCAUUUCGUGCAGCCAGAAUGCCUGGAGAGUACCCUAUGCCAAUGUUUGACUUCAUCCCACCAUCUGCUUUGCCUAAAUUACCAAACUACGAAGAAUGUUUAAAUACUGGGCCACCAGCAAAUGACGAAGCUCCACCUCCGCCAACUCCACUUUCUUUUUAUUCAGCUAAUUCAAAUGGUCAAUCAGCUUUACGUCUUACUAUCCACAGUCAACCAGAUUUAGUUGCUCACAAUCACAGUUCCCAAGCACUUGCUAGUCCUUUAUCCACACCUCCACCAACUUAUUCGUCGACGUGUUUGCAAAGGCCAUCAACAACGAGUCGAACAGGUGAAGAUACAUCUAGAAUAGUUGAAAACUCAUCUCAUACAACAUCAAGGCAAAUAUCGGUGGACCGUUAAUUAAUUGUUAUCUUAAUUUUUUUUUCCUAAUUACGGUUUUGUACUCUCAAAAUAAUGGAUUACCUGUCUCUCCCUGUUACACCUUGUACCAUUCUUUCAGUUGUGGGCGUUUUGAUUUUUUCUUGUUUUAAUUACAAAUAUAGAGAUGAAAAUAUAUUUCUGUGAUCAUUGAACAAUUAUGAUAAUAUACUACUACAACUUUGAUGAGUAGUUAUAAAUCUUAGAGAUAAAAUAAUCAGUUCAGAUUUUUUUCUAGAUAUUUUUUUACCAACCUUUCACAUUCUUUCUCUUUUGAAAUAUCAAGAAUUUUCUGAUAAUAAAUAACACAAACAUAUACU